UUUAAUGUUGGCACUAAACCGGGUAACACAGAAUUAAAACUACUCGUGGUUUAACAAGAAAUUAAAAAAAAAAACUACAACUAAAUGAACAAGAAGAAAAUUUUUUAAAAAAUUAACAAAUAUAUUUUUAAAGAAAAUCUAUAAAAAUUUAAACAAAAUAUAAUAAGUUUUUGACAUAUAGAAAAAAAUUAUUAGAUAAAGUGCUGUUAAACAAACCCGACGCUUUUGCAAAAAAAGAAAAAAAAAAACAAAAUUUUAACAAAAAUGUUAUUAAAAUAAGAUAAACUGCAAGUUUAUUUAAUUUUCUAAUUGAACGUGAAAUUGCUUUUAAAAAGAUUAUUUUAUUGGAAAAAUUAUUUUAUUUAAAAUUAGCUGGUGUUUGGAGAAAAAAAAAGAAUAAAGAAUUUAUUAUUAAAAAAAUAUAUAUUUGAGUGGAGAAAAAAGUGUAAGGCAUUAAAUUGCCUUAAAAAUUAAGUAGUAAAAAAGUUAAGAAUUUCAAAAUUUUAUUUUGAAUUAAAUAAAUAAACACAAACAAACAAAACACACAAUGGAUUUAUUUACAAUUUUAAGACUUUUAACGGUUUUAUUGGCCAGUUUAGCGCUUACUAAAGCCGAGGCUAAACACAAACCUGGCCGGGGGAGAGGUUCCAUGUGGUGGGGCAUUGCCAAAGUAGGUGAACCAAAUAAUAUCUCACCCAUUAGUUCGGGUAUCAUGUAUGUUGAUCCCGCCAUACACACUACCUUGAGAAGAAAACAAAGACGUUUGGUGCGUGACAAUCCCGGUGUUUUGGGCGCUUUAGUUAAGGGAGCCAAUUUGGCUAUAAGCGAAUGUCAACAUCAGUUUAGAAAUCGUCGUUGGAAUUGUUCAACGCGUAAUUUUCUAAGAGGCAAAAAUCUAUUUGGAAAAAUUGUCGACAGAGGUUGCCGUGAAACUGGUUUCAUUUAUGCCAUCACUAGUGCUGCUGUUACACACUCUAUUGCUAGAGCCUGCAGUGAGGGUUCCAUAGAAUCCUGCACCUGUGAUUACAGUCAUCAGUCAAGAUCACCUCAAGCUAAUGCACAAGCUGGUAGUGUGGCUGGUGUUAGAGAUUGGGAAUGGGGUGGCUGUUCCGAUAAUAUUGGCUUCGGUUUCAAAUUCUCCCGCGAAUUCGUUGAUACUGGUGAACGUGGCCGUAAUUUGAGAGAAAAAAUGAAUUUACACAACAACGAAGCUGGUAGAGCGCAUGUACAAGCUGAAAUGCGUCAAGAAUGUAAAUGUCAUGGUAUGUCUGGUUCUUGUACUGUGAAAACCUGCUGGAUGCGUUUGGCCAAUUUCCGUGUUAUUGGCGAUAAUCUUAAGGAUCGUUUCGAUGGCGCCUCUCGUGUUAUGAUGAGCAAUAGUUUAAGACCCAGCGGUAGUGCUAAUGCUGUGGGUACUGCCAACAGUCCAAAUGCAGUGGGUUCUUCAUCAUCGGUUAUAUCACCUAAUGCGGCCAGUCCUAAUGCUUACGAUGAGGAUAGAAUGUUAAAUGAUGAACAUGUUGUGAAACAUCAUCCAAAUAUGCCUUCACCAAAUAGUUUACCCACCUCCUCGAAUGCUGUAUCGCGCAACUCAGUGCGUGGCAGACAAAGACAAGGCAAAAAGAAUAAUAGAUAUUCCUUCCAAUUGAAACCUCACAAUCCCGAUCAUAAGCCACCAGGCACCAAAGACAUUGUCUACUUGGAACCCUCACCCUCAUUCUGUGAGAAAAACUUGCGCCUUGGCAUUCAGGGUACACAUGGACGCCAGUGUAAUGAUACAUCGAUCGGUGUAGAUGGUUGUGAUCUGAUGUGCUGUGGCCGUGGCUAUCGUACCCAAGAAGUGGUGGUAGUCGAACGUUGUGCCUGCACAUUCCAUUGGUGUUGUGAAGUCAAGUGUAAAUUGUGUCGAACGAAGAAAACGAUACACACGUGUCUGUAAAAAGCAGCAAGCAGUACAGCUGGCGCUGGCAAUAUCAAUAUUAUCAAAAACAACAACAACAACAUUAUCAUUAUCAUCUGCAUGAUCAUUAUUAUCAUAUUACACACACACAUAUAUACGUUACUUUAAGCGUAUCAGAGUAUAAAGUAGACCUUGUCCUAGAACAAGGCUUGUUAUUUGUUUGAAUAUAUAUAGUUUUUAAUUUUAUAAACUAUUUUUUUUCUUGUACAAUGUAUUUAUAAAAAGAGACAAAAAAUAUGAAAAAAAUCCCUUGGCUUGCCGUAAAUAAUGAAAAAACACACA